AUGCGCGCGCUCGUCGCACAGGGUCUGGUGGAGCCGCCCCUGUGGCUGAGCGCCGCUGAGCGCGCGCCUCCGAUGGAGUUGCCGAACUUGAAACUCGCCGACCGGAAAGUCCACAACAAGUACCUGGCCUUGACGCAGGCUGUGCUGAAGAAGUAUCCAAACAUGAGAUUUCAAGAUUGCUACGUCGACGGCAACGACUGGAGCAAAGGCAACGACACGUAUCGCGCUGACCACCCCGUCAUGCAGUUCGUGGCGCUGCAGCUGCGUCUGAUGAAUCUAGGCCUCGACAGGCGCACGGCCUUCCGAGAGGCGGAGCAAGCUUUCUACGCUCGGCGCAUGCUGCUCGAGAAGGAGCAGAAGAUGAACAUGGCGGCGGCGGUCGUCGCUGCAGCGUCUCGGGACCCUACGGCGUUCGCGCGAAAACCCGACGGCCGCGGCCGCGGAGGCAGCGUGCCUUCCAGCAGCCUCGCGCGGAUCACCGCCAUGGGCCUCGGAGACGUCCAGCCUCUCUUCACUUCUGGACAGGCAUACUGGCAGUUUGAAAUUGCAAAGAGUCAAGCGAAUCACCUGCUUCGCAUUCGGAGCGUGCUGAGACGCAUGCACGCCCAAGCAGAAGCCGCAGCUCAACAGCAAGCUGACAGUUCUUCUUCUCCUUCUUCUCCUUCUCCUUCUUCUCCUUCUCCUCCUUCUCCUUCUUCUCCUUCUUCUUCUCCUCCGGCUUCUUCUCCGUCUUCACGCGCUUCGCGUCGCGGUCCAGGCGGCUUCCAGUCUUUGCGUCAGCGAGCGUUUUCUGCCGCAGAGCGACAACGCCGUGCGUCUCGCCUCGAGCAAAUCUUGCAAGAAGCAUCUGCAUCUCUCGCUUCCGACCCUUCCCUCUCCUCUGUCUCCUCACUUUCUUCUCCGUCUUCCUCGCCAGCCGCUGGAGGAGAGCCGCGCGGGAAAAGGGAGGACGACGUGCUCCACGACACGGCGGCAGAGACGCAGCGAGAUUCGAGUGAAGCACCAUUCGAAGAGGCGGAGUAUUUCUCGGAGCCCUCCGAAGAGGAGGCGAUGAUGAGGUGGUUCGACGCCGGAGAGGAAGAGUUCGAAGCGGAAGAAGAUCGUGAUUAA